CAUAAGUGAUGGGCCUGCGGUAAAGUACAUGAAACUCUCAACAGAUGUCCGCGGAAAUGGUCUGAACAUCCAGGACGAGUGGGAAGGGCGUUUCAUGAUAUUUACUCUGAACCAAAUGACAAACUAAAAAGGGAUCUGUCUUUGUGUCCAAUCUCCCCUGGUAAGAAUGAAGGGAUUAUUGCUGAUAGAGCCACUGGUAGCCUUCUAUGCUUUCGCCAGUUUCCUGGUCUAUCCUCUGGUACCGCAGUAUGUCUACAGGAGGCUAUGGCAGGAUAUAACCAACACCACCUACCCUGUCUCUGACAACACGUCACGCUGCGAUCCCUCCAACACCAGCAGCCACAAUGAGGAGGUGCAGAAGGCGGCGUCUCUCUUCUCCCUCUACACCGAGCUCAUCUCCAUUAUCCCCUCUCUGGCCGUCACCUUCAUCCUCGUUGCCUACAGCGACCAACGCGGACGCAAGAUCACCAUCAUCCUGCCUCUGAUUGGUUCUCUGUUCUACGCGCUGUCCUUCCUGGCAGUCUCCUUCUUCGAGCUUAACCUCUACCUCCUCAUCGUCUCGUCGUUCGUCAGCGCCCUGUUCGGGGGCUCGGGGACGUUCCUGGGUGGCUGUUUCUCCUACAUCGCUGACCUGUGUGAAGACGGACGGCAGAAGACCCUGCGUAUGGCCGGGAUAGACAUGGUGAUCGGCCUGCUGUCUGGAGUGGCUUCUCUCUCUACGGGAUACUUCCUCCGAGCAGCAGGCUUCAACUGGCCCUUCUUCACCUCUGCUCUGUUCCUGUGUUUCAACCUGCUCUACGCUGUCUUCAUCCUGGAGGAGACGCUCCAACGACCCCUGGACGCCCCCCUGGACGGCUCCCUGCGUCGCACCGCCAUGCAUCAGCUGACCUACGGGGUCUACCAACUGUUUGCAGGGGCCAGCAGGAGGCGUAACGUCCUUCUGAUGCUUCUCCUGCUCCUCUUCGGCUCCUUCUCCUUCGUCAACAUGGGCGGGCACUCCAUGAUCACACUGUACGAGCUCAACCAGCCGCUGUGCUGGAGCGAGAUCCUAAUUGGCUACGGCUCUGCGCUGUCCAUGACGAUGUUCCUGACCAGCUUCGUGGGUGUGACGGUGUUCUCUCGCUGCGGCGUGCCCAACAUCGUCAUCAUUCUCAUAGGGAUACUGAGUGUCAUGGCGGGUAUGACCCUGGUGGCCUUCGCCAAGACCACGCUCAUGAUGUUCCUGGUCAGGCUUCCAAUGCUUCUGGCCAUCAUGCCAUUCCCCGUGCUGAGAUCCAUGAUGUCGAAGAUCGUGUCAAAGACCGAGCAGGGAGCGUUGUUUGCGUGCUUGGCUUGCCUGGACAGUGUGAACAACAGUGUGGCGACAGCUGUGUUCAGUAGUCUCUACGCUGCCACGGUAACCUGGUACCCUGGAUUCUGCUUCCUGUUGUCUGCUGGACUCUGUGUCAUCCCCUUGGUCCUGCUAGUGAUUGUGGGGCUGCUGGGGGUGGAUGAAAGUAAGGAGGCAGAGGUCCUCAUCCCAGAAGAGGAAGGCCUGGCCGGAGACGAUGACCCUCUCCUCACUUGAGGCUGGGUGGCAGGUAGCAGUUGGGCCAGUAACCAAAAGGUCCUUGGUUCAAAUCAUCGAGCCGGCAAGGUGGAACAAUCUGUUGAAUGUGCCCUUGAGGUGCUCUGAAUAAGAGAGUCUGCUAAGUGAACUUUUGUUUGUUGGGUGUCGGAAUCACAGGUGGGUCGGAAUCACAGGUGGGUCGGAAUCACAGGUGGGCCGGAAUCACAGGUGGGCCGGAAUCACAGGUGGGCCGGAAUCACAGGUGGGCCGGAAUGUUGCUUUUGGUUUGAUUUCCCGUAGCCUCUUUUCUCAGCGUCAAUUUCUCUGCGUUUUAAAUACACAGCCCAAUUCUUCUGAUCUCUCACGGUGGAAUAAUUAGUGGCUGUUAUGACUUUGUACAUGAUUCAAUUAUUCACGUUGUUGCAACAACAAAAAAUGGGAAAUAAGCAAAUUGAUUUUCCAAAAUGUUUUAAUAAGUAGCUAAAUGACUAGAAGUCUCUGAAGUGAAAUUAAUAUUGGCUAGAUAUCAAACAGAGCGACCGUAAUAGCAGACAGCGGUAAUCUACCUAAUUCACAGGUAUGUUCUGACUGUAUACCAUGUUCUACUUACCUGUUUUUAUUACUGAUCUGUUUGUGUUGUCGUUACAUGACAAGGCUCAAACUGUCAAACUUCUACAACUCAUUUAGCUCUUUCUCAAUGAUGCCUUACACCAACAUGAUAGACUUGUAUAGACGCUCAAGGAAAUGCACUUUCUGUCCGAACUAUGUCACGACUUGUUAGUUUCCCCAGUGAUCAAAACUGGUUGAAAAGAUGUCAUUUCAAUGGCAACUGGUUGGAAUGGCAAUGGCAACUGGUUAUUUUUUUUACGAAGUGUUGCUCUUUUUGGGCUGACCCUAGACCAGUUUGGGCUCUUGCUGACGUUGUCAUGAUGUCAGAAACAGAUCUACAAACAGAUCUAGGAUCAGGAUAAAAAACUUUGUUGGUUGAUAUUUCAACUACACUGUUACAGUAGGUUACCUCCACUUAAUGAUUGAUUAACAAGAACGAUCAAUAACUCAGAACUGAUCAUGUAAAAACCAGCAUAGGCAAAUGGAUGUGAAGGACAGUA